AUGGAAAAUUACUACCUUCAUCCGGAAGAAACCGAACCCCAUCGUACAUGUCAAAGCAAGAGAUACAUUACAAAGUUAAUGUUCUUGGCAGCAGUAAAUCGUCCUAGAUUUGAUGAAUUCAGAAAUGAAAUCUUCGAUGGGAAAUUAAGCAUAUUUCCCUUCAUUACUAAGGAGGCAGCAAAGCGAACAAGCAAGAAUCGUCCAGCUGGAACACUUGAAGAUAAACCCAUUACAGUGAAUACAGACGUGGUAAGAGAUUGUUUAAUUGAGAAACUACUGCCAGCAAUUCGGGAGAAGUGGCAAAAUUAUAACGGGGAAACAAUAUAUAUUCAGCAAGAUAAUGCAAAACCACAUAUCAAGUUGAAUGAUGAAAAAUUCUUAAGAGAAGCGGCAAAAGAUGGCUUUGAUAUUAGGCUGAGAUUCCAACCUUCACAAAUUCCCGACAUGAACGUUCUAGACCUUGGGUUCUUUAUGUCUAUACAAUCUCUACAACACCAAGAGGCUCCCACUACAGUUGCUGAGCUUUUAUUGGCCGUGAACAAGGCUUUCAACGAGUUAAACUCACAAACUCUGAAUGAUGUAUUCCUCUCAUUACAACUAUGCAUGGUAGAGGUGAUAAAGAUUCGUGAUGGAAACAACUAUAAGUUGAAGCAUAUGGGGAAAAAACGAUUAGCACGCAUUGGUGAGCUGCCUAAACAAAUCGAAAUAUUUCUGCAAAGAUGA